GAGCGCGCGGCGGCGGCCGAUGGAACGGGGACUAUUUACAAACAGUCGUCGCCAUUUUCGACUCCCGCUCGGCAGCUCGGAGUCGUAGCUCGGUGCGCGCACAAUUAACGCUCUCUCGUCGUGUUUCGCUUGUACUGAGGCACCAUGAAGUUUCUCUACAAGGAGGAGCACCCCUUCGAGAAGCGGAGGAGCGAGGGUGACAAGAUUCGCAGGAAGUACCCUGACCGAGUCCCCGUGAUAGUGGAGAAGGCUCCCAAGGCCCGCAUUGGCGACCUGGACAAGAAGAAGUACCUGGUUCCCUCGGACCUGACCGUGGGCCAGUUCUACUUCCUGAUCCGCAAGCGGAUCCACCUGCGGCCGGAGGAUGCGCUCUUCUUCAUUGUCAACAAUGUCAUUCCCCCCACUAGUGCCACCAUGGGCUCCCUUUAUCAGGAACACCACGAGGAGGACUUCUUCCUAUACAUAGCGUAUAGUGAUGAAGACGUCUAUGGUGUCUGAGACCCCGAGAGCUGUUUUAUUUUUAACAAAAUUCUUUUAUAUAUAAUAAAAAGGAAUGGCAGGAAGAAAGUUGAAGGUGGAUGCCAAGAACCUAAGUCACAGCGGUUUUUGUGCGCAGAGAUCGUUUUUGACAUAUGCACUUUGUGUAUUUUGUGCCCCAUUGAGCUGCAGAUUUGUUUUUUUUUUUUU